AUGCAAGUCCGCAGGAUGUGUCGAAAGGCUCUGCGCCUGUGGAUGGGUCUGAUCCUGAUCCUGGGCCUGUCCUGCCACUUCUACAGUAAAACCCGGCGGCGAUUGGUUCACUCCCGACUCCUGCAGACUUUCUGCUGUCUAACCAUUGCCGUAAACUUGGCAUUGUAUUACUUCUACUACGUUUACACAGCGUCAUAUUUCGUAAAGGGCACAUUCAGACGACAAAAGUUCGUAGAGGUGUUGAGCAAUGGUAGCAUUCGCCUGCAGGUAUUCUACAUCGUGGUUGUGCCUUUGUGGAGGUUCUUCGGCGAACGCAAAAUGUGCGAGGCGUACGACGAGGUGUCCAGGAUUUUGGACAAGGAACUGAAACACAAGAGCCGCAGUCGCUUUUAUUGCCUGACGAUGUUGGUCAAGAUCCACAACUUUCUGCACAACUUCAACUUUGCGCUGAGCGUGCUGAUGGUAUGGGGCUUUCGGCCUCUAACAGUGUCCGACUUCCUUGCAAACCUAUACUUCGUCUACAUCUCGCUUUCCAUGGGCGCCAUCCAGGUGGCCUACGUCUUGCUGCUCCUCCAGCUGAUCGAGGCACUGCGUCUGAAUGGCCGGCAGGUGCAGAGCUCCUACCUUCUCCUCAUGGAUCAGAUGCACAGACAGGAGCACCUGCGGCAGAUCGUGCGGCAGGUGCACCGCAUGUUCGCCUGUAUGGUGGCCACCAGCCUGGUGUACGACCUCUUCUUGAACACGGGCACCAUCUACCUCGGUUACACAAUGGUCGUCCAGCGACAGGAUGCCCUGGGCAUCCGUGCCUGGACCUUGAAGAUCCUGCUCACGGCCCUCUCCUUCGUGGUCAAGCUGUCAGACUCCUUGCUCCUACAGGUCGUCUGCGCUCACCUCCUUUCUGUGGAGAACAAGGACUGCGCCAGUCCCGAGCUCCACGAACAGGAUGCGGAGGCCACGGCAGUCUAUCGACAGUGGGAAAUGUCGGUUUUGAGACAGGCCAUCAGAAGAGCAUCGCCGGAGGACAAGGUGUUGGGGUUGUUCAGAAUGGACAUGCGGUGUGCCUUCGCCUUGAUUAGCAGCAGUUUGUCCUACGGCACGAUCAUCAUCCAGCUCGGAUACGUCCAAAGCUAGGUUGGCCUUCACCUUCACCUUUAACCCUUCACGAGGGAAACGGAAUGUGAUGCAAUCAGCACUCAAUCGGCACUCCGCUUCAAUUAGUUUAAUUAGAAGGACAAUCUAUCCGAAGGAUGUGUGGGAAAACGAACAACGUUAAGAACCCAUACAUAAUUUA